GUUGUCCGUGACGUCCAGUAGGCUGGGUUUGGUUGCAGUACACUGCGAGGCGAGGGCUGGUCAGGCGGGCGCCCGUGAGCCCGCGGACUGCGCGGUGCCGGUGUGCGGAAAGAACUUGCUUCCAGCCGGAAGCGUUUGAAACAAGUUGAGCGGAAGCGGCGCUGUAGGCGCACUGAAGGUUCGGUGUCACACUGCUGUGUGAGAUGCAGACUAGUAAUGAGGAAAUGCUGGAAGGUCCAUCUUCUUGUGUUCCAACAUAACCUGAUGUAAUGUUGGUGACAAUGCAAGUAGUGUAUUCAGCACUUCGAAAUGAGGAGAGACGUAUGGUCUGUGCCACAGUUCGCCACUGCUGUAGCUUCAAAAACUGCCUGUCUACUAAAGCUGAUCGACAAACAACAAGCAGAUACUACUUAAGGAUUUUACCAACUCCCUUACUUGGAUCACACAAGCCAGUAGUGUUAUUUGGUCAUCUUCAUCUGAGGAACUACAGGACCACAGCUGUACAGCCGUACAGCCUUACCCCUCCUCAGGUUAACAGCAUCUUGAAGGCAAAUGAAUUCAGUUUUAAAGUACCCGAAUUUGAUGGGAAGAAUGUUAGUUCUGUUCUCGGGUUUGACACUAACCAGUUACCAUCCAAUUCUCCAGUUGAAGAUCGAAGAUGCGCUGCUACUUGUUUGCAGACUCGAGGAAUGCUGUUGGGUGUUGUUGAUGGGCAUGCAGGCUGUGCUUGUGCACAGGGAGUCAGCGAGCGACUCUUUUACUAUAUUGCUGUUUCUUUGUUAAAUCGUGAGACCUUGUUGGAAAUAGAGAAUGCAGUGGAUAAUGGCCGCGUUGUACUGCCACUUUUACAGUGGUACAAACAUCCUAAUGAUUACUUCAGUAAAGAGGCUUCAAAAAUGUACUUUGAAAGCUUAAGAACCUAUUGGCAAGAGUUAAUUGAUCUCCACACAGAGGAGACACCUGAUACCGUGGAAGCACUGAUAAAUUCAUUCAAAAGGCUCGAUAAUGAUAUUUCAUUAGAAGCUCAAGUGCGUAGUGAUAACUCGCAUGUCAAUUAUUGGCAGUUACAAGUGGCUUUUUCUGGUGCCACUGCUUGUGUUGCACAUAUAGAUGGUGUAGAUUUGCAUAUUGCUAAUACUGGUGACAGCAGAGCAGUGCUUGGUGUUCAAGAAGAGGAUGGAACCUGGUCUGCAGUCACACUGUCCAAUGACCAUAAUGCACAGAAUAAAAGUGAGGUUGAAAGAGUUAAAUCUGAACACCCAAAAUCUGAAGCAAAAACUGUUGUUAAACAGGACCGUUUACUUGGUUUGCUAAUGCCGUUUAGAGCUUUUGGCGACGUUAAGUUCAAAUGGAGCAUUGAGCUGCAAAAGCGAGUACUUGAGUCUGGUCCAGAGCGAUUACAUGAAAAUGAAUGUACAAAAUUUAUUCCGCCCAAUUACUACACUCCCCCAUAUCUAACAGCUCAGCCUGAAGUCACUUACCAUAAGCUAAGGCCUCAGGAUAAGUUCCUUGUGUUAGCCACAGAUGGGCUGUGGGAAAUAUUACAUAGACAGGAAGUUGUCAGAAUAGUUGGGGAACAUCUAACUGGUGUCCAUCUUCAGCAGCCUAUUACUGUUGGGGGUUACAAAGUAACAGUUGGUCAGAUGCAUGAAUUGUUAAUGGAGAGAAGAGCUCGUAUUUCAUCCACAUUUGAGGAUCAGAAUUCUGCAACUCAUCUUAUACGGUAUGCAGUUGGUCACAAUGAGUUUGGGGCAAUCGAUCAUGCACGAUUAUCAAAAAUGCUUAGUCUUCCUGAAGAUCUGGCACGCAUGUACAGAGAUGAUAUAACCGUUACAGUAGUGCAGUUUAAUUCUCAUGUUAUAAAUACACAUUACAAGCAUAAUUCAGAAAACUAAAAUUAAUGUUAGGAAGUGUUCAAAUGCGAAAGAUGGUUGAAGAAUUAUAGAAUGAUUGUACUUUUAGUUUUAGGAUUAGGUCAUUAUGACUACUUAGUCUCCAGAACCCAGAUCUGAAUAUUGACAGCUCAAAUUUAAUAAUUUAAAACAAAAGUAAUGGAAGUAAAAUCUAAGUAGGUAUACACUGAUUUGUAAUUUAUUAAACAUUUAGCCGUGUAUGAAGUGGAAAUUCAAUGCAAUGCAAUUCAAGUUAAAGUCAUGUCAGUGGCAAAAUUUCUGUAGAGUGACUGACUGUAAGUAUAUUGCUACCCGCAUAGAAAUUGGUAUGGAGAGUAGAAAUGGAUGAGUUAAAGUUUGUACUUGUUUUAUAUUUCAGAUGCUUUGCUUUGUUGAUUUGAAUUUAAAUAUAAAUACAGGAUGGCGCAAAACAGUCACUUUGAAGUUUUAAACUUUUAGAAAUAAUUGUUGACGCCAUCUUAAGUUGUUUCUUUAAGAAUUCAGUUCAACAGCUUUCAGUAGGUCUAUCAAAGACAACCAUUUUUCUUGCAAGAAAAUAUAUCCACAGAAAUGCUUGUUGGAAGAUUUGUGUGAUUUUAACUUUACAGAUGUAUAUUAGAAAAAAAAAAUUGCCCUUUCUUUUCAAACUCGUAUCCAAAGGUUUAUCCUGAGCUUACGGCUAAGAGAAAAGGGUUUCUGUACUGUAUGUACCGCUUUAUGUUGUGGGAUUUUUGUUUCCUUGGCUUGCACAGGAUAUUUUAGUUAUUAAAUAUUUAGCUGUUGGAAUAUUUAUUUAAAGCUACUGAAAUGUAUUUUAAAAGUUUUUUUUUGUUUUGAGGAAAUAAUGAAGAAGACAAACUAUGCAGCAAAGCUGCAACCCUGUUUGUUUUCAGUAGAUGUAUUCGGUACACAUGUUUGCAUCUUGUUGCAUGAGUUGCUCUGGAUUAAAUCUAAUUAUCUAAAAGA